CUUUCUUUUGUUUCUCUCUCUCUGUCUUUGCUUUUCCGUUACCAUGGAAGCUCUUAAUUUCAUUAGCUUUUGGAGACCUAGCAAUGUUGGUCACAAAGAGAAUCGAGCUCAACCAUGUGGUGGUAACAGCAGCACCUCCGAGGUUCCAAAGGCUUUGAUUGCUUCAGAUCACGAGUUGGAUGAAGGGGACGACUCUUUCUUCGAUUUGCAGCUUCCUGUGCAUGAAUUUAGCGACAAGGGAAAUGUUGAUGGCAACUGCCGCGAAGAAAACGGUGUUAAUGGCGACAAGAGAUUUGACUCCAAGGAAGAACAACCUCGUUCUUUUUCUCCCAAUGAUAACUUCUCCAAAAGAAAAAUCAUCCCAAUUGAGCCAAGCUCCAAGCCUCAAUCCCCCAUAGCUUUGUUAAAAUCAGCUCCAAAAUUUCGAGUCUUUACCUUGAGGAAGUCGAAGUCAAUGGCAAAUAGCAGUAGCACAUUAGAAGACAAAGCUGAAUUGAUUGGUAUUUCUAUGGAGACCCCAAAGCAUGAAAAAUAAGGUAGCAACCAGCAUCUCAAAGCUAAUAUCAAAACGGAUAAGUCUCCAAACUUCCCGAUCUUCACCAUGGAAAGUAGCUCCCGGAAAAUCAAAGGGAAAAUAGAGGACGAUUCCGCAAAGAGAUUGUUGAAAGAUCUGAUGCAAAAAUACUUGAAUAAAAUCAAGCCAUUGUCCAAAAGGAACAGUCUAAUUGACAAGAUAAGAGUCUCAGGUGAGUUACCGAUGUCAUCUCCGGCAACGGUAUUCUCCAUAGAGGAGAAACAAGGGAAUCUUAGAGGGGUUUGCAAGCAAUUGGGAAAGAGUAGAUCAACCUCGUCUGCGACAUCGCCCAUUAGUAGGAGAGACGAUUCUCUGCUAUUGCAGCAUGAUGGGAUCGAAAGCUCCAUUUUGCAUUGCAAGAAAUCUUUGAACUCAUCAAGAGAAUCUUCUAGGUUAUCGAGAUGUACAAGUGAUUCUUCACAGGAGAAGUUAAGCAAUGCAUCUUCUACAGAUUCUUCUCUACUGUCAAGAGUAACAAGCAAUUCUUCAUACGAGAAACUGAUGGAUUCUGCAAGAAUAUCCAGCGAAGAAGGAAACGUCUUCAGCACCUGAAGUAAUAGAAAACCCAGGAAACAGAAUGUUGUUUAAUCAACGCCAUAGAAAGGAAAAAUUGGAUAGAGACUUUAGUUUUUAAUUGUCAACAUCAAGAUGAUGAAAAAGAAAAAAAGAG